CUGUAACAAGAGCCUUUGGGUCCAUGCUCAGUGUCUGGGAUGGACUCUGGAGGAAGCUGGUUCUCCUGGAGCAAGGAUGAAUGGGAAGUGGAAUUCCAUCAAGACCUAAAUUCACUCUGCUUUCUAGACUUCGCGUCUGAUGGCUAUAAAGUACAAGAAAAGAGAACUGCCCCCAGCCGCCCCACUUCUACAGUUUCAGGACAAACUAGCAACCACUCAGGAAACAAAGCAGAUCCCCCAGCUGUGCUACGGGUUGAUGACCGGCAGCGUCUAGCCAGAGAGCGCCGUGAGGAACGGGAAAAACAGCUAGCUGCACGAGAAAGCGUCUGGCUAGAGAGAGAAGAGCGAGCCCGGCAGCACUAUGAGAGGCACCUGGAGGCACGGAAGAAGAAGCUGGAGGACCAACGGCUGAAGGAGGAGCGGAGGAGGGCUGCAGUGGAGGAGAAGCGGAGGCAGAGACUGGAGGAGGACAAGGAACGCCAUGAAGCUGUUGUCCGACGGACGAUGGAAAGGAGCCAGAAGCCAAGGCAGAAGUCUAACCGCUGGUCAUGGGGAAGUCCUCUCCAUGGGAGCUCAAGCAUCCACAGUGGAGAUCCAGACAGGCGGUCAGUUUCCACCAUGAAUCUUUCGAAACAUGUUGAUCCUGUCAUUAGCAAGCGGCUCUCGUCCUCAUCUGCAACUUUGCUAAACUCUCCAGAUAGAGCCCGCCGCCUGCAGCUCAGCCCCUGGGAGAGCAGCGUUGUUAGCAGACUUCUGACGCCCACACAUUCGUUCCUGGCCAGAAGCAAAAGCACGGCCGCCUUGUCUGGAGACACAGCAUCUUGCAGCCCCAUCAUCAUGCCCUUCAAAGCUGCACACUCUAGAAACCCAGUGGAUCGACCAAAACUCUUUGUAACACCGCCUGAGGGCUCUGCACGGAGGAGGACCAUUCAUGGAAUAGCGAGCCAUAAAAGAGAGCGAGAAAGAGAGCACAUUCCCUUCCACAUUUCCGCUGGCGCCCGCAGGACUCUGUCUCCAUCUAAUCUCAAAGGGAGAUCACCAGCUCCAACCCGCCUUUGGCUCCCAUCCAAGUCCAUGCCUCAUCUGCCUGGUACUCCCCGACCCACAUCCUCCUUGCCUCCUGGCUCAGUCAAAGCUGCCUCCACUCAGGCCCACUCCUCAUCUCCUGGCAACAUCCGCCCUGUCAAGAGAGAAGUGAAAGUGGAUCCUGAGAAAAAAGACCCCGAGAAGAAAGUAACCAAUGAGCCCACAAUAAAGGGAAGGGCACCAUUAGUGAAGGUAGAGGAGGUCACAGCUGAAGAGGGGACACCAGUGAAGCCACCUGACCCUGCUGCUCCAGCCUCGGUUCCCGUUCCAACCCUGGCCCCUUCUCCAGCUACGGACCCAGGCCCAGUCCCAGCACCAUCGUCCACUGUGACUGUCGGUAUAGUUCCUAAAACUUCUGCAGGCACCACCGACCCAGAAGAGGCUACGAGGCUGCUGGCUGAGAAGAGGCGUCUAGCCAGAGAGCAAAGGGACAAGGAGGAAAGGGAGAAGAAGGAGAAGGAAGAGCUGGAGAGACAAAAGAUAGAGGAAUUGGCCCGAAGAGUGGCCGAAGAGCGAAGUCGCAGGGAAGAAGAAGCCCGCAGGCUGGAAGCAGAGCAGGCGCGAGAGAAAGAGGAGCUGGCGCUGCGUCUGGCGGAGGAGGAGCGGGAGCGAUGGGAGAGGGAGGAGGUGGAGCGCAUGCAGAAGCAGAAAGAAGAAGAAGCCCGAGCCCGGGAGGAGGCAGAGAGGGCUCGGCAGGAACGAGAGAAGCAUUUCCAGAAAGAAGAACAGGAGCGCCUGGAGAGGAAGAAGCGACUUGAAGAGAUUAUGAGAAGAACCAGGAGGACAGAGACAGCCGAUAAGAAAACCACUGAGCAAAGAAAUGGUGACAUAGCCAAAGGAGUUCUCGCUGGAGAGACAGAGGCAUCUGCACUGCCAUGUAUGACCUCUCCAGGAAACGGAGAGUCUGCAGAGAGCCCACAUGGAGUCAUUUUACAGCAAUCACAAGUGACCACAGAGAGUUCUCCAGAUUUGGAAAAACAACCAAAUGAAAAUGGAAUGUCCAUACAAAAUGAAAAUUUUGAAGAAGUUAUAAACUUACCUGUUGGAUCAAAGGCAUCCAGAUUAGAUGUCACCAAUGAGAACCCAGAAAUUCCUUUGAAACCAAUUUUGGCCUUUAAUGAUGAAGGGACACUUGGGCCCCUACCUCAGGUAGAUGGUGUGCAGGCACAACAGACCACAGAAGUUAUAUGAGCAUUUCCUCUGAAGAACCAAAGCAAACAUUUUCUACAAUGAAUGGAAUUUCAGGCUCCAAAGGAGCGCCGCUCUCCAGUGUCCUAAAGAGUUCUUGACCGUCAUUUUUAAAAGACGUAUUAAAGCCAGCUGAAGACAACAAACUCAGUAGCUUUUCUAAUCAUUUUCGCCAAUAGAAAGAAAUGCCCCUUAAUCUGAUUCCCUGAGAUGGCAUUUUCCAAUGUAUUCCUUCUUAGUAAAUCAAUAUUUUUCUGUGUUCUUUAAAAAGACAAAAGAGCAUUUCAUUAUAAAAAGAAAUGGACUAGCAAGGCAUGUUUAUCAUGCAGAUCUUUUUUAUCCUUAAACUCCAGUAUAUAAGAUUGGCAAAAAUAAACUACCUUUUACAGUGUAAUUCCUGACAGUGAGUCCCUCUUUGCCCUCCAGGUAGAGUGAGUGGGAGGGUAUUUAAACAAAUCUGACUGUUUAAAUAUUACUGCAAAAACAGUUUGUAGAAGCAGAAGGUGGCCAGGUUACCUGGCUCUUGUAAACACAGCUCGUCACGGGUAUCCUGCAGAUGCUGCUGCCACAGUCUGCUAAGACUCCUUUACAGAACUACACUGGCAAGUUUGAAAAUGUGAAAACAUUUUUUUUUCGAGCAAGAAAAUAAUUUGCUGUCCUCUCUUUGUUUUCUGUUUUUGUUUUCUAUUUUGUUUUGUUUCUUUCCUACUUUUUAGAGAAUGGUUUCUCUGUGUAGCCCUAGCUGUCCUAGAACUGGCUCUGCAGACCAGACUGACCUCGAAUUCACAGAGACCCACCCACCUCUGCUUCCCGAGUGCUGAGAUUGAAGAUGUGCGCCAACCCCACCAGGCUCAGCCGUGCUCUUAAGUGAUGUAUUUAUAAAGGCUUUUUUUCAGCUACAUAAAGUAGAACAAGGCAGGGUGCAGACAUGCUCUAGCAGAUGCACUCUGCCUGCUGCUGUGGGAGCAUGGAUGUCCUUGUGGGACUCUCUGAAGUUUGUAUGCUGCUGCCACCCCAGUGAUGGUGGGAAAUUCUUUCUCUUUGCCUUACGUGAUCACAAAUGAUGUGGGGGAAAUAAAUAUUUAAUAUUCCUUUAGAUCAAAGAAUUUGGAUCUGCUCGUUUCAGAGCAAUGAAAAAGAAAUGAUGUCACAUCGAUGUUGGGGGACAAAGACUGACACAGAUGGGCACAGAUGACCUCGGUGUAUAGGGACUGUCAGCUUCUCCUGUCUUGUCAUUCUUCACUCCUGCUGCUCAGCCCUGCUGUAUAAACUUGCACUUUCAUUUGCUAACAUAAAUUCAGUUUUAUUUUCCCACUUAAGAGACAACCAAUGAGAGCCGGAGACAGGACCGCAGAGGGCAGCAGUGUACCCUUCCCACUAUGAUGUACUGGCUUUAUACUGAUACUAACUGGUUAAUCUACAAGAUUUAAUAUGAGACUAUCAGGGUUCUUUUAAAUCUGAGCUUACAAUCUUUACCGACAGUUUGUAAAACAUUGUUAAAACAUCAAUUUGUGGGGUUUCCUUAUUUGGUUGUCCUUGUACAUCUAGAUAUUGUAUUAAAAAAGAAUCUGUUUAACAAA